UGGUUCUCAAACUCAGCGAGCAGCUGACUGCCCACCAUGCCCUCUUCAGCUCCAGAUGACCCAUGUCAAGACCAGCCAGGAGCUCCAGGCUUCAUGACCUCUCUCUCCCCUACAGCAAGGCCCCGUUUGGCACCUCCCCAGAAUGUGACACUGCUCUCCCGGAACUUCGGCGUGUACCUGACGUGGCUCCCAGGACCUGGCAGCCCCCAGGACGUGACCUAUUUUGUGGCUUAUCAGAGCUCUGCAACCCCCAGACGGUGGCGAAAAGUGGAAAAGUGUGCAGGAAUCCGAGAGCUGGCAUGUUCUCUGAUGUGCCUGAAGAAACAAGACCUGUACAACAAGUUCAAGGGGCGUGUGCGGGUGGUCUCUCCCAGCGCCACGUCCCCCUGGGUGGAGUCCAAGUACCUGGAUUACCUUUUUGAAGUGGAGCCGGCCCCGCCUGUCCUCGUAGUCAGCCGGACAGAGGAGAUCCUGAGCGUCAAUGCCACAUACCAGCUGCCGCUCUGCAUGCCCCGGCCAGAUCUGAAGUAUGAGGUGGAUUUCUGGAAGGAGGGGAUGAGGAACAAGACCCGACUUCCAGUCACUCCCCAUGGCCAGCCCGUCCAGAUCCCCCUCCAGCCAGCCACCAGCGGACAGCACUGCCUCAGCGCCAGAACCAUCUACACCUUCGGUGACUCCAUAUACAGCAAGUUCUCUGAGCCCAUCUGCUUCUUCCUGGAGGUGCCAGGAGCCAACUGGACAUUCCUGGUGUUACUUCUGCUUCUGCUGCCACUGCUGUUGGUCAUUGCCACGGGGCGUGUGAUCUGGAAGAGCUUCCCGGGGAACCCCUGGUUUCAGCAGGCAAAGAUGCCACAGGCCCUGGACUUUUCUGGACACAGACACCCCGUGGCAACCUUUCAGCCCAGUGGCCCAGAGUCUCCAGAUGACUUGAUCCUCUGUCCCCAAAAGGAACUGACCAGAAGGGUCAGGCUGAUCCCUGGAGUCAAGGCCCCAGCCACCGUCCAGGCAGGAUCAGAGAAGGGCGGUGCUGAGGAAAAGAAAGAUGAGGAGGAGGAUGAGGAGGACACAGACGACAGCAUCAGCGUCCAGCCCUACCUUGAGCCACCUUCCUUCCUGGGGCAGGAGCACCAGAUCCCGGGACGCUCUGAGGCAGGGACAGCUCUGGUCCAGGCCGAAGGCUCCCCUGGUUGGGAUUCUUCAGACACAAGCUGUGCCAGCAGUGGGGGCUCGUCGCCCUGGGAAGAGGCUGGUUCUUCUGGCUAUUUGGCCAAGAAGGGGCCAGGCCAAGGGCCGGGUGUGGACAGGUGUCAGGAGCCCCUCCCACAAUCCGAAUUAUCCGAGGACUCGGGUUCUCUGGAAGAGCCCCCAAGAGAUGAUCUCUCCUCCUGGGCCAGCUGGGGCUCCUCGUCACCAGGGCUUAAGCUCAUCCCCGGGGAGCCCCCAGUUUCCCUUCAGACACUGACCUUCUGCUGGGACAGCAGCCCCGAGGAGGAGGAGGAAGAAGAGGGUGGGAUGGAAUCAGAAAUUGAGGACAGCAGUGCCGGCAGCGGGGGGGCUGACAGCUGCCAGAGCACCGAGGUCAGGGGCAGUACACUGGGGCAUUACAUAGCCAGGUGACUGUCCCCUGGCUUCCCACUAAGUGUGGUGCUGCUGAGCUGCCCAAGGACCCAAGAUGCCACCGAGACUUGAGAGCCUGCGAGCAUCAUCACUGAGGUGCAGAGGGUUCUGGCAGCUCUUCGGGAAGCCCCAGCUAGAGGCUGUCUGCCAGUGGGGUUGAGCUCUAAAAAGACACCCCAUCCUACGACCAACCGGCUUUUGGACUGAGCUCUGGGAUGGAUGGAGACAAGGAUGGGCUGAGGUCAGAGGCUGGUCGGGUGUCAGAUCACCGCAUUGUCCCUGGGCUGACAUGCCACAUGGAAAAGUCAUCCCUGGGCAACGUGAAACAGGUGAGGUCAGGUCACGGUGGAAAUCAAGAGCUGACACCACAAGGGGCCAUCUGGAUUUGUUGGGGGAGGGAAUUUGGAGGCACAUCUGUAUCAGAGUCGUGCCUUUCUCCAGCACCCACUGAGUUCCCUCCUCCCCCAAGUCUCGGCCUCCUGAUUCAUGAGUCCCCUAGGAUGGGUCCUAGUGAGGAAAAAUCCAGUUAGCUGAGGGUGUUGGAAGGGAGGGGUAAGGGUCGUCGUCAUUCAAAUCCCAGUCUCUGAGUCAUGGAAUUGCAGUUUUUUUGUUUUGUUUUGUUUUUUGCUGAGGAAGAUUGGCCCUGAGCUAAUAUCUGUGCUCAUCUUCCUCUAUUUUGUAUGUGGGUCACUGCCACAGCAUGGCUGCCAACGAGUGGUGUAGGCCCACGCCUGGGAACCGAACCCGGGCCGCUGAAGUGGAGCACGCCAAACUUAACCACUGGACCACAGGGCAAGACCCAGAAUUGCACAGUUUUUAAUAUCAGACAGACCUGGGUUCAAAUCCCAGCUCUGCCAUUUACAAAUUGUGUGACGUGGGGUAAGCUGCCUUCCUUCUCUGUACCUUGGUUUCCUCAUCUGUAACUGCCACCUGGGGUGUGGUGAGGUUCCAAGAGGGAGAUGCAUGUAGCAUGGUGCCUGCCACGUCACUGGCUCCCUCCGCUCGGUGGCUGGUAGGACUCUCCAUCCACCCAGGCUCUGAGGAGACCGCUGGGCAUCUCCCACCUGUGACCCCUACCCUCAGAGCAACUGGAAGCAGUCACCUCUCAGCUCAUCUUGCCUCUAGUCUACCUCCUUUCUUCCACCCUCACUGCCAACCCCUCCCCCCAUCAGAAAACUCAGCUCUCAGAAGCCAGAGCCCAGCCAAGGGGGACCCUGGUCCCUCUCUUCCCAGCAAAGGAAGAACCAAACAGUCCACCUUCCAGGGGGUGGGGUAGCGACCCGGCAGAGCAUUGGACUCCUGGACCUGUGACCCCUAUUUCAGACAGAACUUUAGACCCUUUGGUUGAUGACUGUGGUUGUAAAGAAAUCCCCUUUUCCCUUCCAGUUAUGAGAAACCAGUGUCUUCUGGAAACAGGUGAUAGUCCUUACCUGGGGGUACGAUAAGUGUUCUCAAACAACUGCUUUGUUAACCUACACCCACUGGUACAUGGACGAGCCUCGCUGAGUUUUCGCCAAUAGGGACCCAGAUUUUUGUCAUUUUUGUGGCCGGGGAUCUGAACAAUCUUGGCUCUGAUCUGGGGCCUGCUAUUUCACCUGCCAGGAUUUACAUUUCUCCAUUUGUGAAGAAAGCAUCUUAGUAGCCAUUUUACUCACAGAGCUGUGUUGUUUGAAGCCAACAUGAGGGUAUAGAAUUAAAUGAAAGAUCUGGAAAAGCUUCCCGAGGGCAUCUGGUCGGGGGGUUCUCAAACCAUGUUCCCAAAAGGCCUUGGGUCUCGUGGGGAGGACUGUCAGUUGCAGGGGGGCCAUGGGCUGUAGGACUCCCUGACUUCAACCACAGAGGCAGCCCACGUGAGGUUGUGCUUUGGCAGUUCCACUGCUAAAGAAAAAGUUAGCAAGCCACUUUUUAAAUUGAACACCUGUCUUUUGUUGCAGACAAAGAAGCUGAAAUGGUAACUUACUAUGUAUGUCCCUAAGGGUGAGAUCUUUGGUCUCUAUAUCCAGCUGGGCCAACCCCUGUGCCCUGGGCCAUGUCAACUCAGUGCCGAGGUCUCAGCCAGGAUUUCCAAAGGGCACUAAGCUGGCAGGAGGCCUUCACCACUGCUGGGCCUCACACACAUACACACACGCACACACAUGUGUGUACAUUUCCACAGGGGUUGAGGCUUGUUCACUGAGCACAGGCGAGGAAGAACAAACCCUGGAACUGGAGAGGGCUGUGGCUCAGGGCCAGUUCCCAGGAAAAGACGCAGACCAAGGCUGAUGUUCUUUCUGGAACCCAGCCGAGCUGCUUCAUGGAGGUAAUUUUGAAAAACGAAAAGUUAUGGUCUUAGGCUUGUGUGAAGGAACCACUUUAUUCUUAAACUUUGCUAUUUUUUUUAAGCAUUUUUUCCAAAGUUUAAUUUCUGAGAUAAGCUGAGCUCUCUAGUAAUUCUAAAUUUCAGCUCCUUUAAAGUCAUUAAGUCAUUAAUGAAAAAUGGUGGGAAGCAUUAACGAAGAGCAUGGUCAUCAAUGUAAUAAUUUGUCGAGUGUGCUCAGCACUUAACUGUUUGUUUACAAAGCCCUUGCGCCUACACGGGGCCUGGGAACUGCAGAGCAGAAGCCCCAGGACCACCCUUGAAGGCCAUUGGGUAAAACAUGGGUGCUGCCUUAGGUAAAAGCAACAGUAUAAUUCUUCGGAGUACUGAGAAGAUUAUAUAUUGUUCUUAGAUAUUUGUAUUUAUUUUGAAUUUUGUUUAUAGCAUAUUUAAAUAAUUCCCUAAUUCUUGUUGGCGUCUACCCUAAAGUGUUUUAAAUAAAGAGCUCUAUUUUUAGAGAAAAA